GAGUUUUUGGUUGUGUUUUCCAUCUUGCAGCAGCAUCCUUCUGCUUGUUGUCGAGAGCAGCUUUAUCGUGGGAGGGCGUGCAAAGGGUUUUCAACGUAUAGUUGCUUGUCCUGCUGCUAGAUAAUAGGUUGAAGACCCAGUCAUGGCGAGUCCACCUCCCCCUUUCCCGCAACAGUCGCAUAUGAGACCAGGAAUGCCUCCAACAGGACCACAGCCUGGAGGGCCGGCUCCGAGACCACUUCCUCUUCAAGGUGCAUUGCCAAACUCACCUGCCAUGUUCCGACCACAGAGGCCACCAGCCGGUCCUGGAGGUGCUUUCACCGCUCCGGGACAACCUCAGGCGCAUGGCCAGCCAGGAGUGCCCACCUUUGGAGGUUCACAGCCGGUUGGUCCACCGAAUGGAGGGCAGCAGUUUAGGCCGUCACCACUUCAUCAUCAGGACUCAUUCCGACAAUCGAGCGCUUCGCUGCCCGGAUUGCAACCUGGACAGCAAGCAGGACAUCAGCCGGGGUAUCAACCUGUAUCACAACCAGGCCCGCAAGCUGGACAUCAUCCUGGGUUUCAGCCUGUAUCACAGCCGGGCCUGCAAACGGGGCAUCAGCCGGGUUACCAGGCCAUGUCGCAACCAGGCCCACGUCCCAUGCCUCCGCAAGCAAUCUCGCCGGUUCCGCCUGGGUUUGGCCGACCACAACCAGGUUCAGCGCAAAGCGCUGGAGGCCUGGGAACCAUGACGCCUGCUUCCGUUCCUGCUUCCGCUCCUAUGCAACCACAGCAACCACUAACCUCAUCAGUACCUGGUGCCCCACAGCAACUAUCGCAGCCUCCUACAUCAGGAAUGCCUGCUAUGGAUGGAUUGGCAAAUCAAGUUGGUGCGAUGCACAUUGGACCUACUGGCGGGUCGCGCUCGACGAGAGCAAAACGCGUUUACGCAUCGCCUCCAGGUUCUACAGCUGAUCUUCAUGCCCCCGGAGGACAGGUGCCACCUAUGCCUGGAGUUGGUGCUCAGCAAUACGGAGCUCAGUUUGGACAACCUGGCAUGCCUGGUGUUUCGGGACCGCAGGUCGGACAGCCUUCUGCAUUUGGGCACGGUCCCGGGCAGCCUGGUUUGCAUCCCCAUCCCGGACAGUCACUGCAACAAGGUAUGCCGUCGCAGCCCGUGCCUCCGUCAUUUAUCCCACAACCCGGCCCUGGCUUUGCCCAAGCUCCCACGUUCCAGCAUCCAUCCCAGCCUAGCAUGCAACCGGGUAUGCAACCUGGUAUGCAACCCGGAAUGCAACCUGGAAUGCAACCCGGAAUGCAACCUGGAAUGCACCCCUCCCAGGCAGCCCCUCCGCAAGCUCGUUCACGAAUUGACCCAAAUCAAGUGCCCAGUCCGAUCUUGGUACAGGAAAACGAUCAGGCAAUUUACCAAAAUGCACCCUACUCCACGACAUCCCGAUCGGUCCCUCCCCUUGCGUCUACAAUUUUUAAAGCAAUCGAUGACGGGACAUGUAACCCUAGAUUCAUCCGCCUGACCACAUAUAACAUCCCUUGUACCGAAGAAUUGGCGAAUACUACAUCAGUGCCACUGGGAUUGGUUGUACAACCAUUAGCCAAUCUCAGUCACGAGGAGGAUCCUAUCGAAGUCGUCGAUUUUGGAGAGCAGGGGCCAGUACGAUGUAACCGAUGCAAGGCGUAUGUGAAUCCGUAUUUCCGCUUCAUUGAUGGUGGGAGAAAAUUUGUUUGCAACUUGUGUUCAUUUGAGAAUGAAGUGGCACCGGAGUACUUUAUGAACCUUGAUAUGAGUGGACGCCGUAUGGACAUUAUGCGACGACCAGAGCUGAGGAGAGGAACUGUUGAAUUUAUUGCGUCCAAGGAAUACUGUGCUCGUCCGCCGAAACCAGCGUCAUACGUCCUUGCUAUCGAUGUUUCAUGGAAUGCUAUUCAGAGUGGGAUGUUGAAACGUGCAGUCGAAGCGAUUCGUGAGCUGCUCUAUGCCCAGGAAAAGACCCUCCCUCCUGGUACAAGGGUGGGCAUCAUGACAUUCGACAAGUCCGUGCAUUUCUACAAUCUGAAACCGACAUUGGAUCAACCUCAAAUGCUGGUGGUACCGGACAUUGGCGAUAUUUUCGUUCCUUUGAACGAAGGUUUUCUAGUAGAUCCCACCGAAUCACGAUCGGUCAUUGAGAAUUUACUCGACACUCUGCCGACAAUUUUUGAAGGGAACAGAAUUAGUGAGCCUGCACUUGGUGCGGCGGUCCAAGCUGCUUAUGCGGCACUCAAGGAGUAUGGAGGGAAAUUGACCGUUUUUCAGACGAUGCUCCCAACCUUUGGACCUGGGCCGCUCAAGAAUCGGGAAGACAUUAAAUUGUUGGGUACCGACAAGGAGCGAACUCUGUAUGAGCCACAAGAGUACUUUUGGAAAAAGCUGGCUCAAGAUUGCUCGCAAAGUGGUAUCUGCGUUGACAUGUUCCUGUUCCCAACGGCGUACAUAGAUGUAGCCACGAUUGGAAGUUUGUCGGCUAUUACCGGAGGUGAUCUGUAUCAGUACGUCAACUUUGACGUCAACCGGGACGGACUGCGGUUCGCAGAAGAUCUUAAGCGCUCUUUGACGCAAUUGUUCGGUUACGAUGCAUUGUUGCGAAUUCGGGCAUCAAAUGGCUUGAAGGUUGUCGAGCAUUUUGGCAACUUUUACAUGAAGAACAGUACCGAUGUCGAGCUGGCCGGUCUCACCUCUCAGACAGCAAUAGGAGUUGCCAUCAAACAUGAUGGCAAAUUGGACGAGAAACAAGAAUCGGCUUUCCAAGCCGCUCUGUUGUACACAACAGCCACCGGCGAACGACGCAUUAGGGUACACAAUAUAUCAGUUCCGAAUACGGCGCUGUUGGGAAAUGUCUUCCGGUAUGCAGAAAUGGACACAACUAUUAACUACCUAAUGAAAGCAGCGAUCGCACAAACUGUCAACUCUUCACUCAAAGCAGUGAGAGAUCGACUAGCAGAAAAAUGUGUCAAAAUCCUGGCCGCCUAUCGUAAACACGCCGCCUCAUCAUCAUCUCCCGGACAGCUCAUCCUUCCUGAAUCCUUCAAGCUGUACGCGCUCUACACAUUGUGUAUGCUCAAGUUAAAGGCGUUUCGUGGAGGACCGGAGAUGUCGACAGAUGUGCGUGUGUUCAACAUGCGCAUGCUGAAAGCCCUUGGCGUUCCCGAAUCGAUUCCACUCUUGUAUCCUCGUCUCAUGCAGUUGCAUGAACUACCUCCGCAGUGCGGAGAAGUAGAUGAAAGGGGAAGAAUAAGACUGCCGCCGCUUAUCAGAGUAUCACAAGAACGCCUGAGCUCGGCUGGUGCUUAUGUUAUCGAAAACGGUCAGCAGAUAAUGAUUUGGCUCGGCCGCGGUAUUUCGCAAGAGUUUUUGCGAAGUGUUUUUGGCGUUGAUAGCCUGGAUGCCGUUGAUUCCAAAAUGCGUACCAUUCCUGCGUUUGAUAACCCGACGUCCGUUCGCACGCGAGCAAUACUGGACCAGUUGCAAGCUGACCGUGCAAGAUAUCUUUAUCUUCAAAUCGUGCGGCAACAGAUGGACCAGUUUGCGGAAGUCGAGUUCAACAACCUUUUGGUAGAGGACCAGAACCUGGAUAACAUGACAUACGUUGAUUACCUGGUCGCUGUGCAUAGGCAAAUCCAAAUGGAGCUUUCCGCGUCAUAAUGAAGACAAGAUACCCUUGAAUAGUGGGACUUUGGGGUAUUGCUGUCAGCUUGACUGGCAUAUUGAGAGUUGGGAGUGAACAAGUUCUGAGAAUCUCUUAUGCAUUUUUGUGCAAUUAAAUGUACUUAGACCUCUCCUACAUAUUCUGAUGCGAGGGAUUUUAGCUGUUCUGCCUAUAGUGAGUUAUAUCUAUACUAGCUACGCGCGGCUUGCGUAUCCA